AUGGGCGACCUGGCAAUAUCCAAUCGAAAGAUUAUGUGGAAUGCUAUUACCUCUGGUGUGCUCUAUGCAACAUCCUUAUACAAUUCUUCAAAAUCAGAUUACUAUGUGGACUCAGUUUUACACCUUCAAUAUAAACCUGAUAUACAUCAAAAGCUUAUUGGUACAAAUUCAAAAAAAUCAUCAGAAAGCCAUGUUUUUACUACUAAUAGUGCUGAAGAAGUUCUAUAUUCACUAUCACACAAAUAUUGCAUGAAUAGAACUGAGAUACAGCGCUUAAGAGCUUAUUAUGUGACAGCAUUAAAUAGGAAUGCAAACCAACUUUCAAAAUAUGGUAAACUUCAAACCAAAAAUGAAUUAAUAAUUAAUUCAAAAUUGUCAAGUCGCAAGGGUGAUGUGACACGCACAAAUUACUGUAUUUCUGUCAAACUUCUAGUUGACCAAAAUGCACAUCGCCCAAAUGCACCAGUUAUUUUGGAAGAGCGUGAAUUCUUUGGAGAAGUACAAUAUUUUUUUUCACAUCAAUACAACAGUCACCGGUCUAUGCUAGCAUACGUGCAGUGGGUACGAAAUCCUCAGCCUUCUGGACAUGGACCAUUAAAGUUUCGAGAUAAUAGUGCUUUUGAAGUAAUUAAUUAUUCCGUUUUUAUUGGUGAAUUUUUCAGUAAUUUAAUAACGAAGUUAUUUGCAAAACUUAUAUCUUAAUUCCAUUUAAAUUCCAUUUUUUGUGAUUAAAAUUUAUUCCAUUUUUAUUGGCGAAUUUAUCAGUAACUUAACAAUAAAAUGAGUUUGCAAAAUUUAAAUUUUUGAUCCGUUUAAAAUCUUUCUAUAAAUA